AACAGGGGGGAGAGCGUCUUUAUAUUGCGACACUAGUAUAGUGAUAUCACACCGAAACCAGUUGAAAUCCCCUGCUUUCUAAGUGAGCUGUAUGUACUAGGCUACUCUGCACCCGGUAUCCGCCCAUAUUCGCGCUAAGGCCAAACUCAGCUGAAUCGACAGUAGCAGGCCAAGCGCUGGAUCAAAUGUCAAUUUCAAUUGAUUAAUUUCCUUACUUUCGUCUGCUUUUUCAAAUAAAUUUAAUCUACAUAAAUGGGACAGUUUCAUUGUGAAGUAGGAAAUGUAGAGAUCGUGUGAAAAGGGAGGAUUAUCUGCUUGACUUGUUAUUUGGUCGCAACUUCGGACGCGGAACUCCAUACGCUAAAGGUGAAGGAUGACAGAAUACAAGCUGGUGGUGGUGGGAGCAGGAGGUGUGGGCAAGAGCGCGCUCACCAUCCAGCUCAUUCAGAACCACUUUGUGGAUGAAUAUGACCCCACCAUCGAGGACUCAUACAGGAAGCAGGUGGUGAUUGAUGGGGAGACAUGUCUGCUGGACAUCCUGGACACUGCAGGUCAGGAGGAGUACAGCGCUAUGAGGGACCAAUACAUGAGGACAGGGGAGGGCUUCCUCUGUGUCUUCGCCAUCAACAACACCAAGUCCUUUGAGGACAUCCACCACUACAGAGAGCAGAUCAAGCGGGUGAAAGACUCAGAAGACGUGCCAAUGGUGCUGGUGGGGAACAAGUGUGACCUGCCGUCCCGGACGGUGGACACCAAACAGGCUCAGGACUUAGCACGCAGCUACGGCAUCCCCUUCAUUGAGACCUCGGCCAAAACGAGACAGAGAGUGGAGGAUGCCUUUUACAGUCUGGUACGGGAGAUCAGGCUGUACCGGCUGAAAAAGCUCAGCAAGGAAGAAAAGACCCCGCGCUGCGUCAAGCUUAAAAAGUGUGUUGUGAUGUGAAAGGGGGUGUCGAUGAUGCCUUUUACACAUUAGUGCGGGAAAUCCGAAAACACAAAGAGAAGAUGAGCAAGGAGGGCAAGAAGAAGAAAAAGAAGUCCAAGACAAAGUGUAUACUCAUGUGAAUAAUGACCCCCCCUUUUCAUGAUAGAAAAAAUGUGUUCAAACUGUUUAAUACAUUUUUGUACAUUACACUAAAUUAUUAGCCUCUUAUCUAAGUAACCACAACACCGAAUAUCGAAAUGAACCCCUUUUUGUCUGCCCUCAUUUUUUUUUGCUAAUUUGAAACUAAGCUUUACUUAGUGUUUAGUGCCAGUUGCCCAGAAGUGUUGGUCCAAUAGGUUGAUUAUCAAUUAGGAGUGGUACACUAGAGGGACAUUUUGGACAAUAGAAAAAGAAAGCCUAAAAAGCUUAUUUUCCCUCUGCUAGUAGAGCAUUAGCAGAAGAGGUUGUUGUAGUACAUGCUUCUGACAGUAUGGGGGAGAGUUGAAUUCCAUCCGUAGUGCCUAAAAGCCUGUUUUUAGCAUGGGCAAUGCCAUUGAGGACUUUCACAAUUUUUAAGUAGUCAACUGGGGACUUACUACGGGUUAUGGAAGGAUCACAUGAUUCCAUCUGGGUCAUCAGGAGGGAUCAGCCAAUUAAUUAUACUUGUGAGCAAACACAGCGAUUUCUAUCGAAGUUUAUGAUUCCAUUCGAUACCAUAGGACCCUCAAACUCAACUCUGGACCUCAAAGCCAGUUCCACUGCAUUGUUUCCAUUGGUUCCCUCUAGUCAGGGACUGAUUUAGACCUGUGACACCAGGUGUGUGUGCAAUUAUCAGGUAGAAGAGAAAACCAGCAGGCUCCAGAACUUGUAGGAGUUGAGUACCCCUGCCAUAGGACAAGGAGUAACAACCGGGAGGCACGACCAACACUUGAUUAGGGGAAAUUCCAAAUGUCCUGGCCGCUGUGUGUAAUAAUGCCCAUCCUCCUACAUUAGACUCCUUGAUAUGAUUCAAUAAUAUCAUGCAGUUCUUUUAGCAUGCAUAUGAACUUUACUACUGUACCUAGUUUAAAAAAAAUGGUUACCCAUUUAAUUCACUUGUAAUCUGUUAAUGCUUUUUUUGUAAUUGGUGAGCAGUGAUUUCCUGCCUACAGGAGAGACUUUCCUUUUUGCAUGCGAUGUGUUCUGACGGGGAAUGGCACUGUGAUGCUCAUACUGUAUGAUACUGAUACAGGCUCUAGGGCCAGGAACAAGGAGCUCUGUUCCAGUUGGGGGACACAGGUUUUUAUAGUGUUUCGGGACUUGAGUCAAUCCAUAUUCACCAAACCUGAUCUAAUCUUUUGGGUCGAAACCAGUUGUUGAGUGGUGGGAAACCUUCUCAACAACUGAAUUGCUCCAGGUGGCAGGUUUGAAGCAUAAUAUAUUUUUAUAUAAAGAGAGGCAUCAGAACAGCAAGAUUCUGCCAGUGAUUUUGAAAAGGACACUCGGCUAAUGUUGUGUUGCUCAGUGGCACUGCAUGUUGCUUAAAAUCCAUCACAAGCCAGUGUCUCCUGUAGUUAUUUUAUCAUUAGAUUUGAUAUUCCCUGCUCAUUACGAGCGUCCUAGAAGAUGAGUUAAUUGUUCCUGAAGAGACCUUGUUUAAGCUAUGAACUUCCCUCUUAUCCUCAGGAUUGGUGUAUUUUGUGUCAUGUUUUGUGUUUUUGAAGGUAGUUCACUGGAGUAACACAUUUGACCUCAGCUAAUUGAGCCAGCAAAUCAAGAUCUGGGCUUCCUUGUUACAGUUUAGCAUCUGAAGUGUUGAGUGCAAAAAAAAAAUAGCAUGCCUAAAUCAAACCUAAACUUUAAACUAAGUCAUCUAAUGUCGACUACGUAGAUGUGUUCUUCGGGUGAACUAUCUUCUUAAAGAAUAGUGACUCAUUGUCUUCAGAUGCAGGACAUAAAACAUCCCAACAGAUCCUAACAGAAUAUGCCUUGCACAUUUCCCCAAUCCUUUGUUUUGUAUUUAUGGCUGCCAUAUCUUACUCUCCUUUUUUUGGAUUGGCUAGAUUAGGCAAAACAAAUCUUAAAGGCCUUGUUUUGUCCUACCACUUAUUAUUAUUAUUAUUUUUUUUUACUUCUACAAAAGAUGCAUCCCAAUAGUAAUGGUGUCAUGAUAAGGUUGUUCAAAAAAUGUAUUGUUUAUAUGAAUUUUUCUAAAUCACCUUUGGGUGUUUUUUGGAGUUUGGGUGGGAAGGUGUUGAGGGUUUUUCUGUACUGGCUUUCAAGUGAAAUGACUCAUCCAGUCCAAUAAUUUUUAUGUCAUGUUUAUCUUUCACAGGUUGUUCCAUCCAAGUGAUGUAGUAACUGGAACUGAUGUCUGCAAAUGAGGCAAUAAUUGCCAUUUUAAAUGAGUUUUUAGAGAAAAAAAGUCAAUUGAUAACACGGAAUAUUUGCUUUUCAGGGUCAAUGCAUAUUGCACCACCGUAUUACUAGUUUUUGACCUUGGGGCUUCUUACACAUUGCCUUUUGUGCUGCCAUCGUGCUUCAGUCAGACAGCAUAGCACAGCUUCUCUGUCUGUUCAAGAGCUACAAACUCGGUGCUGUUUGAGAGGAACAAGAUUCUAAAUUGAAACAUAAUAUACAAUAUGUUUAGGCUGUUUACACAACCACCCUAAGAACCCAAAUCUGAUUUUCUUUCUAUAUCCAAUCUUUUCUUGACUGUCCACACAGUUUUACAUGUGACCCAUAUCAGAUUUGCACAUUCACACUGAUGUAGCACACAGAUGCAAUGCUCGUUUCCUGCCUCUGUUUCUUUCCAUUUCGGGUGCUUCUUAUGUGCAUAAAAACGCUUCAGAAGAAAAUAAUCUGAUCCGAGCAUCCAGACAUAGGUCGCACAUAGAGGAUCGGGUUUGUAUCAGGGUUAUGAUCUACAUAUGGAGGUGGUAUAAAUCAAAAGUCCAAAGAUCAGAUUCCAUGUGUUUUUUUGCUGUUUACACAGGGAAAAUAUCAGAUGGGUAUCAGAUAUGCAAUUAAUUGGCAAUAGAUCUGAAUUGGCUGCCUGUGUAAGUGCAGCCUUAGUUCUUAGGAUUUAUCUUUUUUUCACCCACUUUGAUUAAAUCCCUUUUGUUACUAAAGUUAGAUAUUAACUGCUAAUGCAUUUUUGAUUAUGGGAACCCAUUUGUUAAAAAUACUGUAUCAAGAAAAGUAACUAUAGCAAAAUGUGUUGAAAUGUUCCUCCUCCCUUUUUUUUAUGUGCCAAUGGCUGAUUUCUGAGAAAAGAAAGUAUAAUUUAUACCUGGAUCGUAUUUUAACAACCUAUUGUCAUACUGAAAGGUGCAUAUUUUGUAAAUUGUGCUUCAUUUUGUUGGUGUCUCUAAAUGAAUGUUGCUUUAAUGGAGUUUUCACUACUCUCUGUUUGUGUAUGAUGGGACUCGGGAGAGUGACUGGGUCCAGGUUUAGGGGAGAGUGACUGGGUCCAGGUCUAGGGGAGUGAAUGAAUGACCACUGUUGAACACAUCAGUAGGGAUGUCUCUUUGGGAAGUGUGUAGCGUGGUGAUCUGAGCACAGAUCCAAUUUUUCCAUGAAUCUCACCACUCCUAUUUAAUGUGUAAUAAAGAAAUGAGCAAUUG